CUCAUUGAUAUAUGGGAAAAAAAUUUCUUCCCCUCCUCUGCGCGUUUUUCAGAUUCCUUUCCUCCAACUCUUUUCCUCCCUUCGAACAACAGCGGAUGUGGAGAGGCGGAUAGCUGACGACGGCUGGGAACAGUGGGAGGCAGAGGUUUCCGACAGCCAUAAGUGACAGAAGCAUUGUUGGACGGCUAGCUUCUCCCCCAUCGUCGAUGAGGACGAGCUCUUCAUCGUCGACUGUCGUCUCAAGGCAAUCAAGUUGCACCCGCUGAACUUGAGGCUGUCUUGCUUUACUGUCCAAAGUCCAAACAUUUGUGAUGAUGUUGUUGUUCUAGCACUUUGAUUUAAUCGACCUACCAAACUUGGUGAGUUGAACUUCAAUUGCAAACUUGGUAAAAGGAACAUACAUAGUGUUUGCUGAAGAAUUGAUUCCUUUCUUGGAACUUUUCUCGACAAUAUAUCAAUGCACAUGUUUAUAAAGGGUUCCCAUUUUCUCAUCAAUCAGCAUGAAUUAUAUAAUGUGGCUCAAUGAUUCCUUCUUCAAACUUUUGUCAACAAUCAAUGCCUAUAUUUUAAGAGGGUCCAGUGGUCAGUCGGCGGCGGCAUUUCCAUCACCCGUGAAAAUGGACCUCACUGAAUCGAUCAGGAAUCACACCCACGUUUCUUUCAAGCUAGCGAAGCACGUCUUCUCGACCCAAGUCAAAGGAGAAUCCAACCUUGUUUUCUCUCCUCUCUCAGUCCACGUCGUCUUGGGCCUAAUCGCCGCCGGCUCUAAAGGCCCGACGCUCCAACAGUUGCUCGCUUUCCUCAACUCCAACUCCACCGAAGAUCUCAACGCGUUUUCAUCUCAUAUCGUCACCGUCCUCUUCGCCGACGGAAGUUCCGUCGGUGGCCCUCUACUGUCGGCGGCAAAUGGUGUGUGGAUUGAGCGGAAUCUUCGUGUGAAGGAUUCCUUUAAGCAAGUCGUGGACACUGUUUACAAAGCUGUUUCUGAAUCGGUUGAUUUCCAGCGCAAGGCAAUAGAAGUGACUGAUCAAGUGAAUUCCUGGGUUGCGAAGGAAACAGGUGGUCUUAUCAAAGAGAUACUCCCUGCCCGUGCAGUUGACAAUAGAACACGGCUCAUUUUAGCGAAUGCGUUGUACUUUAAAGGAGCGUGGGCAGAAAAAUUCAAUGCAUCAGAGACAAAGGACCGGGAGUUCCACCUCCUUAGUGGCAACUCCAUACAAGUCCCCUUCAUGAGCAGUAAGAAGAAACAGUACGUGAAAGCCUGUGAUGGUUUCAAAGUUUUGGGACUUCCCUACGAACAAGGCGAGGAUAAGCGUCGCCGUUUCUCCAUGUACUUCUUCUUGCCGGAUGCCAAGGACGGGCUCCCAUCCCUGAUGGGUAAGAUCACAUCUGAAGCCGAGCUUUUAGAGCAGAACCUCCCCAAACGUCAAGUUGAAGUGGGGAGGUUUUGUAUCCCGAAGUUCAAAAUAUCUUUCGGCUUUGAAACAUCAAACACUCUGAAGGAGCUUGGGGUGGUGUUGCCUUUUGCUGGAGGGGGGCUCACUGAAAUGGUGCACUCCUCUGGCGCGCGAGGUGAUCUGUACGUUUCAAAAAUCUUCCAUAAGUCUUUUAUUUAGGUUAAUGAGGAAGGCACAGAAGCUGCAGCGGCUACGGCAGCUAUUGUGAACGUCCGGGGUUUCUCCAUGGAAGACAAAGUGGAUUUUGUGGCUGACCAUCCCUUUCUCUUUAUUAUCCGGGAGGAUUUGACCGGAGCCGUUGUCUUCAUCGGGACUGUGGCUAAUCCUCUUUCUGAUUAAUUAGCCAACCUACGUAUACUUCAUGUAUAUAUGAUGGAUUGAUGGGAUGUAUAUAUUAUGGUUAUAUGUUUCUGUAAUGAUUUAACAGUACAUACUAAGGUCAUAAUAAGUCAUAAAAGACUGAUAAAAUCUGGAUUCUCCUUCAACAGUGCAGCGUAUAGUUUGAGUCGAUGAAAGAUAUCAUCAAUUUUAAAGCUAUCUUCCUCCUAAAAUGUUUCAUCGAUCACGUGCCAUCCAUACGUGUACUGAUAAUAUCAUCCAUUCUAAUGCUAUCUUCCCCGUGGAUCCGGCUCCUCUGCUUUGCUUUAGCGGGCAAGGAGGGUGCCUGGCCAU